AUGAAGGUGCUUCUAUUUGUGCUCCUGCUGGCCACUGUGUCCUUGGGUCUCGCUCAGUCCCUGCAAUGCCACGUGUGCUGUGGCCAUGAGAACUGCGAGUCUCUGGUGGAGUGCUCUGCGACAGACAAGUACUGUGUAAUUACCAGGGCAACCAACCCCAGCGGGAUCCUGGUGAUGAAGUCCUGCGCUCCGACCUGCCCCAACAGCACGGUCUCGUCGGACGGUCGGGCCCUGUCCGUGUCCUGCUGCCAGGGGAACAUGUGCAACCGCAGUGCCGCCACGGGCGUCCGGGGCAGCCACGCCAUGGUGUGGGCCACCGCCGUCUCUGCCAGCCUCCUCUGUGCCCUCUUCCGGGCCCGGUUGUGA